UCAUGUGGUUUGCAACUUGGUAGUGAUCGAGGGACGGGAGAGAGGAACCCGAGGCAGGUACAGGUGUGUGUCUGUGUGUGUCAGUGUGUGUGUGUGUGUGUCUAUGAAUGAGAGGGAGGAAGGACGAGGUGACGGACUGAAGAGGAGACAGAGACCGGGGAGAGGAGCACAGAGGAGCGGGUUGAUGUCUGAGAGGAUCGCUUCGUGUGGGAGUCUGUACGACAGCAGCAACCUGCUGCUACAGUACUGCAACAAUGAUGACACGGUGUCGGCCAGCAGCAACAUGGACAUGGAGGACAGGGUGUCCCACCUGGAGCAGAGGCUGCAGCUGCAGGAAGACGAGAUCCAGCUGCUGAAAGCCGCUCUGGCCGACGCCCUGCGCCGACUGGGCCACUGCGAGGAGCAGAGCCUGGGGAUGCAUCCAGGGGGCGUCCACGCUACAGGGAGGAGACCUCUGGCCAACGCAGCUUCAGCAGCGCCCACCAAGGUGCGUCAGCUCCUGCAGGCUCUUCCCUCCAGACCUCUAAGUAACGGCUACACUCAACAGAAACGCCUCCUCUCCUCCCCGUCUUCUCCUAAGAAAGAAGUGCUGCAGUCCAUUAAGAGGAAGAGUAUGUCCACAGAGCGUCUCACACUGGUGAGGAGGGAGAGAGGAGCAGAGAGUCGGAGUCGAACCACCUCCUCCAGCAGCUCCUCCGGUGGAAAAAGCAAAUCCAAAGAAUGCUCCUUGAAUGCAGAGGACGGAUAUGUGAGGAUGUUCCUGCGAGGACGUCCCGUCACCAUGCAUCUCCCCGACCAGCAGAGGGAGAGCUACAGCCUGGACCCCAAGGUGGCGCUGCCGAACCGCAAGCUGAAACUGCAGUGGGUGUACGGCUACCGUGGUCGUGACUGUCGCUCCAACCUCUACCUGCUGCCCACAGGAGAGAUCGUCUACUUCAACGCCUCCGUGGUGGUUCUGUACAACACGGAGGAGCAGCAGCAGAGACACUACCUGGGCCACAAUGAUGAUGUCAAAUGCCUGAGUGUACAUCCUGACAUGGUUACUAUAGCAACGGGGCAGAUGGCUGGAAAUUCUAAAGAUGGAAAGCUGCUGGCUCCUCAUGUUCGGGUUUGGGAUUCUGUGAGUCUCAACACGCUCCACGUGAUCGGGAUGGGAGUGUUUGACAGAGCGGUCACUUGUGUCGCUUUCUCCAAGUCGAACGGCGGCGCCUUCCUCUGUGCCGUGGACGAUGCCAACGAUCACAUCCUGUCCGUCUGGAACUGGCAGAAGGAGAAACAACUGGCUGAUGUGAAGUGCUCCAAUGACUCUGUUCUGGGCGCCAUGUUCCAUCCCAUGGACGCCAACCUGAUCGUCACCUGUGGAAAAUCUCACAUUAACUUCUGGACCGUGGAGGGAAACACUCUGUCCAAGAGACAGGGACUGUUCGAAAAACAUGAGAAACCAAAGUACGUGUUGUGCGUGGCGUUUGCUCAGAACGGAGACACCAUUACAGGAGACUCCAGUGGGAACAUCUACGUCUGGGCCAAAGGUGGUAACCGUAUCAGCCAGGUGGUGUCGGGGGCCCACGAGGGCGGGAUCUUCUCCUUAUGUGUCCUGAAGGACGGCACCAUGGUGUCCGGAGGAGGCAAGGACCGCAAGGUGGCGCUGUGGGACCAUGACUACAGGAAACAGGCGGAGAUGGAGGUGAUGGAGCUGGAGUGUGUUUGAAAGAGAGAAUAUAGAUGAGGAGAAAGAAAGUCUUUAAACGUGUGUGUACGUGAUGUGUUCCAGGGUCACACAGACGAGCUGUGGGGUCUGGAUGUUCAUCCGUCCAUGGAGCAGUUCGCCACCUGCUCCCAGGACAAACAGGUUCACCUCUGGGACACCAACUCCCAUCAGCCUCUCUGGAGCAAGAGUAUUGACGAUCCAGGCAGGUCUGUAGGUUUCCAUCCCAGCGGAGCCGUGCUGGCAGUCGGGACCAUGACUGGAAGGUGGUUGGUGCUGGACACUGACACCCGGGAUCUUGUUUCUAUGCACACAGACGGCAAUGAGAUCAUUUCCAACAUCAGGUACUCUCCAGACGGUAACUUCCUGGCUGUGGGUUCCCACGACAACUUUGUUUACAUCUAUGCUGUGACGGAGAAUGGACGAAAGUACAGCCGCGUGGGGAAAUGCACCGGUCACUCCAGCUUCGUCACCCACCUGGACUGGUCGACAGACAGCCAGUACCUCAUGACCAACUCAGGAGACUACGAGAUCCUCUUCUGGGAGGCCUCCAGUGGUAAACAUGUGACCAACAUGGACACGGUGCGUAACCUGGAGUGGGCCUCUUCCACCUGCACUCUGGCCUUCAACACCUUUGGAAUCUGGCCCGAUGGAGCGGACGGCACCGACAUCAACGCUGUGUGCAGGUCAAAUGACGGAUCCCUGCUGGCCUCUGCCGACGACUUUGGCAAAGUGCACUUGUUCUCCUUCCCCUGCUCUCAACCAAGGGCUCCGAGCCACGAGUACGGUGGCCACAGCAGUCACGUGACCAAUGUUGCCUUCCUGCAUGACGACAGUCACCUGAUUUCCACCGGCGGGAAAGACACCAGCAUCCUGCAGUGGGUGGUCGCCUAGACAACGAGAUGGGCAGUCCACAUCUUUAAUCCAGCAUCUUACUUGACCCCUGUCCCCCUCUUCACUGUUUUCCCCUCCUGCCACCGGGGGGGCAGCACUUCCUCUGUGCCUACCGGGAAUUAAACACACGCAACUUGACAGACCCACACCUCACACCAGACGAGAUCAUCAUUGUAAUAAAUGAAAUAUUAUUUAGUGUCCAGCUGUUUGUAAUAGAAUGUAGAGAAAACAGGCAGGAAGUGAGUCAUAAAAAAAAAUAACGACACUUACAAAGCUGGGAGUUGCCUAUGGCAACACAGUGAACCUGUGAUUUUAGCGUUAGGGCUAACUGUGCCGAAACGGGAAUCCACCUAUUUAAAGUGUGUUUUCUCCCAUUUAUUAUCAAUCAUGUGCACUUUACAGUUUUUUUUUCUACACACACAUUAUCAGGGUUGUAUUUAUAUUAAUAUUAGGGUAUAUUUGUCUUUUGUUGUAUCAAGCAUCUUAAAUCAAUUUGCAGACUCUUGAAAGUUAAUUUAGUUGGACGAUUUAAAAACAGAUUACAAAAAAAGGUCUGCACGAGAAGAGCAUGCAACUAUUCUUAAAUCACACUGAAUGCAUGGGAACAAUGCGUUUUUGAAAAUACACCUAAAUAUGUAUAAAAAAAAACAAAAAACUGUUUGUGCAAAAUUGUUGCACCGUUAUAUAAAGUGCACUUGAUUUGAAAUAACAGGGUUAAAACACGCAGCCCUUUAAGAAUUCACUCCGGGAGAGAGUUGUGCACAGUGCACAGCUCGAACUAAUAGAAAUAAACCUGUUAAUGUGUGACGUAGUAAAACAGAAUGUAGCCUCUCAAGGUACGAUCUUCCAAGGUUAUUCUUCAUUAGCUUCUAGCUUUAAGUCCGAGUGACACAUGUUUACAAAAACCACCUGACCACUCCUGGUGCAGAGGAUGAUUGUAUAAAAAUCCCUAAAAUAGGUGGUAUUCCCCUUUUUAAAACAGUUACUCUGACCCUGUUUCCUUCACAUCCUUCACGUUUCCAUCCCUCGGUCUGACCUCCAGACUCCUACGGUGCAUAAUAAUAAUUAAUGAGUAUUACAGAUGCCUGUUAGAGAUUGUAAAGGUCGGAGCCCCCUCCCCCCCCCCGAGCUGCUGUGUUUCUGAUUGUACUUCUACUGUAACUGUGCUGAGAGGGCACUAGAUGGCGCUAAGAGAAAGCAUGAUUGAGGCUGCGCUCCUCCUGUAGAUGCUGUUCAUGUUAAAAAGGUCUCUAGAGUUGAUAUAAAUAUAUUAUGCAGUAUAUCCAAGUGGCUGUGUUAUUUUAAUAUUCAACUGUAAUGACGAUGUUAUUAAUAUUCUUGUGGCACUUUUAGCGACAGAAGGCUAACGUGGGCGACUGUGCUGUGUGAGCUUGAGUUGUGCUUUGCCUUUUUGUUUUGUUUAUAAAGUUUUUACCCAGGUGCUACUGAGUGGAGGAUGUUUUCCCACCGAUGAAUUGGCUAAGAAGGAUAUAAGAUAAAAAUAAACGUGGGUAAUAAUCUU